AUGCGUGAUUGUAUUCGAUCCAGGGUAAUCUCUUUACGAGUGAAGAGGAGAAGCGGCAGCAGAGUUGCGUUAGAUUUGGCGAGCAUCAGCGUUGUUCAGGAUGCAUUUGUAAUAGCAGUGGACCAACAAUCGCGAGAGAGGCUAGAAAGACUGUCAGCGCUCAAACGAAUCAAGCCUGUCGAUAUCCAGGGAUUAUCGAAACAGUUGAACCAGCAGCAGAACCCCGCUACAGAAGCCGAGCUGAACGGAUUCAUCGAGAACAGUCCGAUCUAUGUGACCGAGUUGGGGGGAUCUCACCACACCGCCUCCACCACCCCUCCGCCCACUGCUGGAGCCGCCCCCGGCCCCACCCGCCCCUCACGGCCCCCACUCAGCAACGGUCACAGCGAAGAGGGCCCUGAGGAGUUGGAACUCAAGCAGGUAAGCUGCAAAUUUCUUUUAUUUUAUACACGUAGUCUUAUUACUUACGAAUCAUGGCAAUGAUUCAAGAAAAGGGGU